ACACACUGGGGAGAGAGAGAGGCACAAAAUGCUUCAGUAACGAGCUCAUUGAGGACUUGAGUCUCUGCUCUCACUCCACCGAUGUGUCUCUGUCUGUUUGUUUCUCUUAAAAAAGCAGCAGCUGUAGUUCAUUGGUUUGUCUUCUGGCAGCACACUUUGCACUCUCCGCUGUCAGGCUCCACAAGGAUUUUUCUUACAGGCUUUGGGUAUUCCUGGUGAUGACCUCACUGUUGUUCCCUGGCAACACCCACGCUGCGAUGAAGGACCUCUCCUCCUCCUCCUCCUCUCCACUCACAUCCUUGCUCCACUACCCUUCUUCUAAAAGCUCCGUUGUGCCCUUCUCCCCCUCUACCGGCCCUGCCCCCUCACCUGGGUUGACGCUGUCGUCGGCGCCAUUAUCCAAACCUCAGCCCUUCUGCCUGCAGACGGGGCCUCAUCUCAUCGCCAGCAUGCAGCUGCAGAAGCUCAACUCGCACUACCAGAACCUCACCAGUGCUUCUGCUGGACACCCAGCACCCGGCGGAACUCAGAGGGGCUUCGGCGCCUCACCUCUGGGCACCGGAAACCAGCUUCUGGGCCCAUCUGGAGGCCUCGGUGGAAGCGGGAUGGGCGUCGGGAUCAGUAUGGGAAACCAAGGCUCCGGCACAGGUGGAAUUAUCGACUUUGAUCCUGUGGAUGAAGAAGUUCUGAUGUCGCUGGUGGUAGAGCUCGGCUUGGACCGAGCCAAUGAACUGCCAGAGCUUUGGCUGGGUCAGAACGAGUUUGAUUUCAUGUCAGAUGUGCCUGCUGGAUGCUGACCUACAGGAGAAAACUGUCCAGAUGCAGUGGAACUGUUGUAUUUUUUUUCCCCUCCCUUUCUUGAUUGAUAAACUAAGGAAGCAGAAGAGACUCUUAGUGGUAAAGAAAGAGAGAUUAGAGGCAUACUCUUGUUUUUUUUUUUGUUGUUGUUGUUUUGCGGAAAAAGUGUGAACAGUUUUAAUUUCAUUCAAUCAGAGGUUUUUUUUUCUUCCUAGGAUAAAACUGGUGGUUGAAACCAACCUGAUAGGAUUAAUAACCUUUUGUUUGGUAUCUUUCACACAUUUUUAUUUUUCCUUUAAAGAAGACAACAGAAGUGUGAGCAGAGUAUGAACAGAAUCGACACUCCUCUUGCCUCUAUCCCUCUAUCAUGCUGGUUUAAUGGAAACCUGUUGAUUCACAAGAGAAAGUGUGAGUCAGCUGUUGGAAGCAAAGGUGACAAAGACACCCCCUCUUUUCUCACUGUCAUCCUCUCUCCACCACCUGAGGGGAAAACAGUAGGAACCAUGACUUUACAGGAGAUUUGCACAAGAUGCAAACUCUGUUUCCUGUUUUCUUAGUGGACAAUAUUAGACUGGCCUCAUGGGAAAAAACUCCUGUUGGCUUCACAAAGAAGCCGAUUGUCUGAGAACUUAAUGUACUUCUCUUUCUUUGAAUUUUAUUCAAGCAGUCGUACUCAGAAUGUGUUAUUUAAGACGGUGGCUGAUAUCAAUCAGUAGUCUUGGACAAGGAGUGCUUCUGUAGCAUCUCUAUAAUUGGCUCUACUUUUCUGAACAUAAUGAAUUAGAUCAAGACACAUGGAAUCUUUUGGAACAUGGGACCUGAAUGGAGCACAUCCUUAUUAAAACAACUGAGGCCUUUUGGUAGUGCAAGUCACCACUACAUGUACAUACAUUGAGGAUACCAAGUUUUGUCUGUUUGUGGAUAUAAACUGAAUGGAAAGAACAAAUUCACAUAUCUUUUUGUUUUUCCUGUUUUGCCACUUUUGUCUUUGUGUCAAAUGGGGGUUUUUCCUGACCUUAUUAUUACCACACUUCCAUAUUGAUGAUAAAGAUGCCUUGUCUG